AUGCCUGAUAGCGGCCUCUUGCGUCACCCAAACACGCACACCUCGCUUGCUCACGGCGGUAUGACCGCUUCGUACAGUGCCAUGCUACAGCGAUCAACAAGCACCGCUGUUACCACUGGAGGUCUUCUAUCGCCUGCCGCUCCAACGCCACGAGCUAUGGUUACUUCGGCCACUGCAGCAGCACGCAGGCUGUCUCUUCCUUCCCGGCACGCAAUAACGAAUGAAACCAUCGGCGACGCCUAUGUCAGCUUCAUAUUCUAUUGCAAUCCAGCAGUGCCCCCCGGCACCGACCCCUCAGCCCUCAAGGAAGCCUUCUGGCUGCCACCCAAGAGUGAAGGCAAGACUUUUAGCACUUACACUCUGUACGAGCUUAUUGGGAAGCUGAAUGAACGGGACGAGGUCAAGACUUGGGGCGACCUGGCUCUCCGUCUUGGUGUCGAGCGUCCCAAGGCCGAGAAGCAACAAAGCGCCCAAAAGAUACAACAGUACGCGGUGCGCCUGAAGCGCUGGAUGAAGUCUAUGCAUGUAGAUGCAUUCUUCAACUAUCUCUACGGCGAGGAAAACGAAUACUUCAUGGAAAUACCACCAGAAGGAACUCCCAUCACUGAUGUCUCCCGGGACGGCGUGGCGCCCGAGGAUGACAUGGCUUUGCGCGCCCUUCUCCCUCAUAUACGGCCCAGAAGGGGCAGAAGGGCACGGGAUGACGACGAGUCAGGAGAAUCGCCCGCCAAGGUAGCCAGGAUCGAGAUGGACGAAUGUCCGCCAACUGCCGAUCGGACAGACGCUACACAUGACCAUUGGUCAGCUCUGCCUGGCAAUCUUGGUGGUGACCUGAGGAACGUGCAAGGAACUACCAGCCAAGCUUGGACGAACGAUUUACCUCCACUAUCGGCGCACCCUCGGUCAGCAAUCACACCUUCUACGAAAGCUCAGUUCUGGGCUGAUGAACCCAAGUCAGCCAUCAUACCCAGCCGCGCAGGCCGUACCGGUCACAAACGGCAUGGGCCAAAAGUGGUCUCGUCGGCCUGGAAGAGCGGCCAAGGCACGAGUGGCAAGACACGCGGACGGCCUCCCAACAGUCGUGUGUCAAACAAUGAAGGCGCCUCGGCUUACCCCACAGACACACCAACCUCGGCCGCGCCGAACUGGCCAACAAGUAAUAAUAAUACAGAUCUUGGUUGGAGCCGUGGCGAUUUGCCAACGACACACGAAAUGCCCCAGUCUAAAGCAUCCCAAACGCCACCCGCACCCGAUGCUACUCCGCCAGCCCUUCCUGCCCUGAAUACUGCUCUUUCGAUUCAUGAUCUGCAGCAACAGCUGCACCCACAGCCCGGCCCGCAGUCGUCUUCUCGGCCAUUAGAGAAGCCCAAGGGACUUUCAUUGCAUGUUCCCGAGAGGGUUGGGAAUGAGGUACGAUUAGCAACUCCUCCCCCGCCUACCGUUAUGGUCAAUGGACAGACGCCUGCUCCAUCGGUUCAGCGACCAGAAGUAUCGGAAUCCGAAAUCCCACAGGCUCCAAGCGUGCGGCUCACGCCAGAAGUCACGUCAUCCGUACCACGGCCGGACCCCAGCACCAGCGAGAACGACAAGCCCAAAGUUUGCUUCAAAGACCUUAGCAACCGUACCAACAUGGACGAGCUCGAGGGCUUCUUCGCGCACGAGAUCAUGACUGGAAUCUGGCGGGACAAGGACGGCAACAGAUUGCCUAGCUGCAGUGUGGACGAAGCAUUUGCUAUAGUCCGCAAGGUCAUCCAGAGCCUCUUGGACGCUGCAAUUACGGAGGUUGGAUUCAUGCUCAAUGUAUCUGCUCUUGCCGGUGGCAAGGUGCUCAUGACGACCUCAUCAUUGCAGAUCACAGUAGUUGAGGAGCGGGAAGAGGAGACUCUUUACAGUUGCAAGUGGCUUUUGCAACUCGGUGACCUGAAGGGGGAUUUCGAGAUGCAGGAAACAGUAAGACAUGAUACAUGGCGGAAGCCGGCAGACCUGAGGCGGAAUGUGGUCUCAGAACCUGAUGCGUCUGUUCCAAAGGCGUCACGAUCAAAUGACUCCAAGGUGAUGGCCGCAUCGGCAAGCCAGGGCACCUCAGGCGGGACUACUCCAAAGCCAGGAACCGAUUCGGCCAACUCUAUGGAACCGAAUGGCACCGAAUCCGCCGAUUACUGGAAGGAGAAGUACCGGGAACUGGCCGAAAUGUAUAAGCGGAAGGACAAGGAGCUGGCCCGAGUGCAAUCAGCAGUAAUGAAGGCUUUGCAGGACCCACGUGCAGACCGACUUUAA